CUGAAGUAUCCUCCUGUGGGGAUGGAGAGCGUGACGGACAGCACCUCCUCCUGGCCGUGGUUCCACCUGAUGAACGAGGCGAUGGAGGGCCGCCUGGCGAACAGCGCCCCCCUCCUCACCCCCGUCACCCAGGACGAUGACCCCGACCCCGCCCCCAGACACAGAUCCCGGCCCGUCCCUCCUCCGCCGCCUCCUCCUCCUCCUCUUCCUCCUCCUCCUCCCCCCUCCUCCUCAUCGGACUACGGACAGGAGCCGUUUGGUGACGGCGGGGAGCAGGCGCAGCGCGGCUCGGAGGUGUGCGAGGGGCCGCUGGGAGGACUGGAGAGGGAGUGGGAGCUGGUGGAGCGGGAGCGGGCGGCGCUGGAGCGGGAGAGGGAGCUGGUGGAGCGGGACAGGGCGACGGUGGAGCGGGAGCGGGCGGCGGUGCAGGCGGAGCGGCUGUGGCUGGAGCGGGAGCGGGCGGCGGUGGAGCGGGACAGAGCCAUGGUGGAGCAGGAGCGCGCCUCGCUGGGCCGUGAGAGGGAGGUGCUGGACCAGAGGGCGCUCAUGCUCAACUCCGUAGGACACUCGGGACACCUCAACGCCCUCAUGUAGAGCCGCCGGGGGACGGACAGCGUCCCCCGAGGAGACAGCCUGGACACCUCACCGAGGGGCCGCAGAGGAGGCGCGGACCCGGCGCCUCGGCCGCUGCGGAGAGCCACGAUUGGACGGUGGGUCCUCCACUCGGAGCCGGUCCUGCAGGAGGACGCCACACGGAGACGAAGGACACUUUGACGGGAGAGCUGCACAGUUAAUGCAAACGUCAGUCCUCGAUGUGUAAAGGACGAGCGGGACGUUUAAUCCUGACAGACAGAUCUGAGGGUUUUAAAGAGACAACAACAAUCUGGAUUCAUCGGCGGAGGAUGUUUUCCUCUGAUUGUUGGCACCGUUUGCUCGAAUUUGCAGCUUUAUUGUCAAAAUGUAAGAAUUUUCCGUCUCUAAAAUGGCCCUGAUCUUCUGUGAUAUGAGUCAGAUCCCUGGAGAUUUCUUUAUUUUCUUAUUGCAUACAGGUUUUUUGAAAAUGGAUAUUUUCGUUUUUGUUUUGGCCUCGUCCACACUAAGAGUCUAAGGUCACUAAAAGGUCUAUUUUUGUCCAAACGUGUUGUUUUGUAUCGGUGUUGACGUGUCAAACCCACAUGGAGGAAUUGUCGAUGCGCACGAGAGGAAAUCACCAGAAACAGACGGAUGGCGGCCGCCUGUGUUUGUGUUUGUGUUUGUUGUUUUUGCAAAAUGACACCACUUAUUCGUGACAUUUAUUUAUUGUCACAGCCGUCAAAACAGAAAUUUUUGUUGGAGUUUCAAAUUUCCGGCGGUCCUUAAACACAUCAUGUGGGAUGCUGAAUUUCUGUUUGAACAGUUUGAAUCUUUUAUGUUUUAAAAAAAUACAGCGCAAGAAAAAAAGCCUGGAUGGAUGAGAAGUUUAGAGAUGUUGUCCCUGACGUGUGGACGGUGGAUUUGACCCGCAGAGACGUUUGUGGCUGGUGAGGCAGAAGAGUUUAACUGUGCAGCUCUUCCUGUGUGAGGUCUAACACACCAGUGUUCCCAGUAGACCAGCGCAGCAGGCAGAGCGACCCGAGCCGGAGACCGCUCUGGACCCUCUGUGAUGAAGACGAAGAAGAUGAUAAUGAUGAAGAUGAAGAUGAUAAAGAUGAAGGUGUGGAGUCGUCGGGACUCCGGAUUAAAAAACAAACUGUAACGUGCUUCAGGUGUUUCCACUGACAGGAUUUAUUUUGGCGGUCCACCAAACAGUUUCCCCAAUUUUGUAUUUAUUUACUGAAUAACUUU